UUCUGUCGUCAAGUUUUUUGUUUUGAAUUUUAUUUGCUUUUGACAUGUCAAACUUUAAAAUAUAUAAUUUCCAAAACAUUUUUAAAUGAUAAUUUCAAUAAAGAAAAAGUUUUCAAAAUUGGCUGUAAUGUGGAUGUUGUUUAUGUAUUCGAUAAUGUAAAAAAGAAAACGUAAUGUUUAUCUUCGGGUUUUUAUUAUCUCUCCUCGCAAGUAUUGUUGGUGUACAGAGCACAGAUAUUUACACUUAUGAAGCACCAAUCCUAAAUAUCGUCAUCGGAGAAUGUAUUACAUUGAAUGCUUUGGUAUAUUUCCCUCACAAUAAAUCUGCUAUUAUCACAUGGAAGAAGGACAUGAAAGUUAUUGAGCAUAACACGGAAAGGAUGAAAAUAUCUGCAGAUAGAAGAAGUAUGUAUAUAUCUUCAUUGAGACGAGAAGAUCAUGCGUAUUACCAAGUAGUAUUGAAGGACCCACAAACCCGCAUCACUGAAGUAACCGAUAUAUGGUUAAAUAUAAUAGAAUGUAAAAAGAAUCAAAAGGAGGAAAGGUCAUCAAGUCUUGCUGCAUGCAGUUCGUUAUGUGUUGAUAAAUGUCCUGAUGAGUGGCAAUACAUCUCAGGGACAUCAUCGAAAUGUUGCCAGUAUUUUGACAAACCAAAAUCUUGGUCAGACGCUUCUGAAAGCUGUCAAUCGAUUGGCGGGGAACUUGCAACUAUAAACACACGUCAAGAAAACGAAUUUCUUGGAGACAUGCUGCAAACAGCCGCAGGUGGUUGGAUUGGUCUAAAUGAUAGAAAAGAUGAAAAUAAUUACAUUUGGAACUUUAAAUCCAGCAAAAGACCUUCAUUUUACACAUGGGGUGCUGGCGAGCCAAGCAAUUACAACAGAGGUUGUAAUAUUGAAAAUUGCGUUGCUAUGAAAAUGUCGAAUGGUGAUUGGUUGGAUAUCGUUUGCGAGUCAUUUAAUUCGUACGUUUGCGAAGUAAGCUCAGCUUAUAAUGGAACGGACCGGUCAGAGUGGAAAUGUGCGGGAUCAAAAUGUUUUAAAUAUUACCACAGUCAGUUAGUGUGGAAAGAUGCUCUUACUAGAUGCAAACAAAUCCAUUCUUCAGCUAACUUAGCAACCAUUGGUUCCGAUGGUGAAAACAACUUAGUACGAAGUCUGCUUUUAUCAGAGAACGCAUGGAUAGGUCUCAAUGAUCUUUGGGAAGCAGGUCUUUAUUGCUGGAAUGAUUGCAAAGGAUCAACGAAUGAAGCUUCGUAUACAAAUUGGGGUUCUGGCGAACCAAAUGAUAAGUUUACACAACCACUUGCUCCUGAAUGCCUAGGAGAGGAUUGUAUACAGCUGAAAAAGUUUGGUGGUAAUGUUACAUGGCAAGACUUGGGUUGCGAGACGAAACUACCUUAUAUUUGUGAGAAAAUUAGAAAUCGUUCGUUCAGUACUGGUGCUUAUGUUGCUAUGAUAAUAGGUGGUCUCAUCUUGUUAUCAAUCAUAAUAGGCGUGUUUCAUGCUGCUUAUGAAAAACACAAGAGAACUGCUGUUAAAGAUAUCAUCAAAGCAGCAUAUCAAGAAGAUAUAUCAAUGAGAGAAAGAUCAAGGCAAAUGACAUUUCGAGACAUGGCAAACAGUUUCAUGUCUCAUUCUAAAGCAGAUUGAAAUUUAACUUUGAGAAGAUGAUUGUAAAUAUGUUUUUAUGAAAUUUCUUUAAAAGAUAAUUUAUUUAAGAUUU